UAAUGACAUAGAACCUGUGCGUAGAAGCUCGUUUUUACUUCGCUUUUGUGGAUAAUCAAAGGUCGCAAUUUAUUGAAGAAAAUGUCGAUGCCACAUAGCAGCUCAAGCACGACAAGCUCUAGCACAAAACGCAAGGAAAUAUACAAAUACCAAGCCCCAUGGCCGCUGUAUUCAAUGAACUGGUCUGUCAGACCAGACAAGAGGUUCAGACUUGCCUUGGGAAGCUUUGUUGAGGAGUAUAAUAAUAAGGUGCAAAUAAUCUCCCUAGACGAGGAGACGAGUGAGUUCAGUGCCAAAAGCACCUUUGAUCAUCCUUACCCCACCACCAAGAUCAUGUGGAUCCCAGAUAGCAAGGGGGUGUAUCCUGAUCUAUUAGCUACAAGUGGUGACUACCUUCGGAUUUGGCACGCCGGUGAACCGUACACCCUUUUUGAAUGUGUCCUUAACAACAACAAGAACUCGGACUUCUGUGCCCCAUUGACAUCAUUUGACUGGAACGAGGUGGACCCCAACCUGAUUGGCACAAGCAGUAUCGACACUACAUGCACCAUUUGGGGGCUGGAGACUGGACAGGUGCUGGGACGAGUUAAUGAGGUUUCUGGACACGUCAAGACGCAGCUUAUUGCUCAUGAUAAGGAGGUGUACGACAUCGCGUUCAGCCGCGCAGGCGGUGGCCGCGACAUGUUCGCCUCGGUGGGCGCGGACGGCUCCGUGCGAAUGUUCGACCUGCGGCACCUUGAGCACUCCACCAUCAUCUACGAGGACCCUGCGCACACGCCGCUGCUUCGCUUAGCAUGGAACAAACAAGACCCCAACUACCUGGCCACCAUCGCCAUGGACGCCUGUGAGGUGAUCAUCCUGGACGUGAGGGUACCGUGCACGCCGGUGGCACGUCUCAACAAUCACCGCGCCUGUGUCAACGGAAUCGCUUGGGCACCACACAGCUCAUGCCACAUUUGCACGGCGGGUGACGACCACCAGGCCUUAAUUUGGGACAUCCAGCAGAUGCCGCGCGCCAUCGAGGACCCCAUCUUGGCCUAUACGGCCGCCGAGGGAGAGGUCAAUCAGAUUCAGUGGGGGGCAACACAACCUGAUUGGAUCGCUAUCUGCUAUAACCGUCAUACGGAAAUACUGCGCGUGUAAGGUGGCACUAACUAGCAGUCAGUCCUAAAUAUACAACCAACUCACGUUCUGCGAGUUUUGUGACCUUAUAUUUGGAACCGACUGUUGAGAAUAUCUCGAACAUAAAUAUUUCCACGGAGUUUGUAAGUGCAGAAUUAUAUACAGCAAAUUAUCGAAAUUUUUUAAUCAUAAUCAUCAAAGUAUAUAAAUAAAGGCACGGAUCUCCUCUAACGAAAGGGGAAAUUAUCACACAAGACUGACCAACUACUAACACAGUAUUGGACAGGAAAUGUAUGUUUUUACUACAUAAUUGAAUAGGACUAUGAAACUAUGUAGUUAUAUGAGUAAUGGUGUUUAUGUAAACCCAUUGUGAAGGUCUCAAAUUAGCGUAAAAUGACGUCUGCAUUUAUGUUUAGCGUGAUUUAAGCCAUCGACUGUUUUAUGAGGGAGCAGGAAAUGACCUCUACUUUUGAUUCUCUUUACUUUUACUACUAAAGUAACCACAAUAUUUGAAACGUGAACGUGCCAGACGUGAACGCCCGUGAUUGGUCAAUAGUUUUCGUUUCCUCCUCCCCUCGGGACAUAUGAAGGCGAUGAUUGGUUGAAAGCGUUCACACAUUUGUGCACUCAAGUUAGCAAUCUCGUAAAAUAUGACUCUGCCGCCCUUUACUGUGGAGUAAUCCAAAUUUAGGAAUGUUGUAAUCCCUUUUGUAUUAAGCAAUAACCUAAAUGUAGGCCUUUAGCAAAACUAUUCAAAAAGUGAUAAACGGAUUCAUUCAAUAUUUAAUUGAAGACCAAAGCAAUUUAUAGUUAGUUGUGAAUUUUAUUUUGGUAGCCAUUUUGUACAUGCCCUUCGUGCUCAUGACAAUUUUGCUACUGAAAUACUAUAAUUGUAUAUACAGCAAUUAUUCUGUG